AACCCUCCAACUAUAGCCUUUUGACUUUUAUAAGCAAAAGAAACACCAUUAUUAAUAACCUACAGAAAAUCAAAUCUUAAUUAAUCUGAUGGUCUGAUGGAGGUGGUGUACAUGUUCUUCCUACUGAUUCUGUGUUCCCUGCCCUCAAUUGCUUCAUCAUCGCAGAACGACACUCUGAAACAAGGUGACGCGUUGAACUCCUCCUCUUUACUUGUUUCAGCCAACAACAACUUCACCUUAGGAUUCUUCACCCCGAACGGAACCAACAGGACUUAUAUAGCAAUCCACUCCAGAGCAAGUUAUUCGACUGACCCUGUAUGGAUAGGCAACAGAGAAACACCUCUCCCCACAAAUUCCUCCCCCACCCUUCAAAUAGAUGCUUCUGGGAGAUUAUUGAUACUCACACAUGAUGAAGGCCAAGGCAACUCUUACCUGCUUUCAUCAAAGCAAACCAGCCGAAAUGUCACAGCAACUUUACUGGAUUCCGGCAACUUCGUACUCCGGGAGGUCAACUCCGAUGGGGAGGAACUGUGGAGUAGUUUCGACAAUCCCACGGAUACCCUUUUGCCGGGGAUGAAGUUAGGAGUGAACCACAGAACGGGUAGGAACUGGACUCUAACAUCAUGGCAGGACAAUAAUAUUCCGGCGGCAGGGGCGUUUAGUCUCGAGUGGGAACCAACAAAGCGCCGAAUGGUUAUAAAGUACCGAGGAGUGGCUCGCUGGACUAGUGGAGAGUUGAUGAAUUCUGUUGAUUUCCAGUACACAUCCUUUAACUCCACCUUCACCGAUCAUACAUUUAAAUUCGCUAACGUUUCAACAAAAGAUGAAGAGUAUCUUAGCUACGCAGUCACGCCUGUAUCCACCCAAAACCGUAACGCCGGUUGGAGAUUGGACAGCCAAGGCGUUUUGUACGAUGUGGUGGGUAAUCAAUUUAUCAUUGACGUUGGCCGGUGUUACGGGUACGAGAAUGAAACUCAGCAGUCAUUGGGGUGCGAGUUAUGGGAGCAACCCAAAUGCAGCCCCAGCAGGAGUGGCGAGACGUUUGAGCAAAGAUAUGGGAGAUUUAUGAGAGACAGUCAACAUGAGGCUGAACAAGAAACCAUGCCUAAUAAUUCUAGUGACUGCAGGGAGCAUUGCUGGAACCUCUGUGACUGCGUUGGUUAUCGGAGCUACCCUGAUGAGGGGAGCUGUGGGUACUGGAGGGGAACAGAUCUGCAGUUUGAUCAGGACAACAGUCGUAAUACAAUACCUCUAUUUCGUCUUAUCCGUCCAGAUAAGGGUAAGUCACCAAGUAAGACAUGGAUAUGGAUUCUUAUACCCAUAGCAGUAUCCACUGUCCUGGCUGUCUUGCUUCUAUUGCGCCAGAGAAGGAGAAAACGAGAAGAAGCAAGGAAAGAGCAAGAGCUGAAGGAUCUAUUGACAUUAGAGGAAUACAGUGAUAUUGAUGAGCUCAGCAGCGGCGAGAAUGGCAGUCUCAAAGUAUUUAGCUAUGCAUGGGUCGUCACUACAACAAAUAACUUCUCUUCUGACUACAAAUUGGGGCAGGGUGGUUUUGGAAGUGUUUACAAGGGAUUAACACCUGAAGGACAAGAAGUAGCCAUAAAACAAUUGUCGGAAAGAUCAACUCAAGGACUCAUGGAGUUCAAAAAUGAGGUGGUGUUGAUAGCUAAACUGCAGCACACAAAUCUUGUCAAGCUACUUGGUUUUUGCAUUCAUGGGGACCAAAAGAUGCUCAUUUACGAGUUUAUGCCAAAUAAAAGUUUAGAUUUUUACCUCUUUGAUCCAGAAAGGAAAGAACAUUUAACUUGGGAGAAACGCCUCAACAUCAUUGAAGGAAUUGCACAAGGCCUACUUUACCUUCACAAGUACUCAAGAGUUCGGAUCAUUCACAGAGAUAUGAAAGUUAGCAACAUAUUACUUGAUGAGAAUAUGAAUCCAAAAAUUUCAGACUUUGGUAUGGCCAAGAUACUCAGGCAAAAUGCCACAGAAGCAAACACAAUGAGACUAGGUGGAACAUUUGGUUAUAUGGCGCCUGAGUAUGCCAUGGAGGGUAUUUUCUCUACAAAGUCCGACGUCUACAGUUUUGGAGUACUAGUACUGGAAAUUAUAAGUGGCAAGAAGAACAAUCACUUCCGCAGUGAGGAUGGCCCCCUAAAUUUGGUGGAACAUGCCUGGGAGUUAUGGAACAGAGAUGCAGUGCUGCAGCUAGUGGAUCCAGCAAUAAGCAAUGUGGGUGGCAAUGAAGAACAGUUGCAUAGGUGCAUACAUGUGGGACUACUAUGUGUCGAAGAUUUUGCAGUCGACCGACCAUCUAUGUCGGAUGUGGUGUCCAUGUUAGGCAAUGAAAAUAUGGCAUUGCCAAAGCUAAAAAAGCCUGCAUUUGUGUCGAGAUUCAGUGUGCCCGACAGGUUUCAGGAUGGCAAGUCAGAGAAGUUCACAGUGAAUGAAGUCUCCAUUUCAGUUAUGGAGGGAAGAUAGUGUAUGUUGCAAUUUAUUACUUUAUAAAAAUGUUUUUUGUAGACUUGUAGUGGUUCACUAUAAAUUCAAACUAUUUAGACAGACGCAUGCAGUAUGAUGGGUGCACAAAGAAGAUUUACUUUCAAUAAACUUGAUUUAAGAUUUUAGAUU